AAGGCCCCCAACACCCGGCAUGAAAAUAGAAGUGAAAGCUGCCGGGAAAUUAUCAUUUUUUAGCUCAUAUCACCACGUUUAAAUCUUGUAGUCGGUUUAUAUUUUAUUUCUUAGCGUCUGCUGACCAAACGGCAUCAUGUUUAUUUCUUCACAAAACUCAGCGCCCUCCUUCAAAGAUUUCACCCUCGUCAUGCCAGCAGUAGCUGUUGGAAAUGUGGGUCAGCUGGCAGUGGACCUCAUCGUGUCCACGCUCAACAUGAGCAGAGUCGGCCACAUGCACACAGACUGUCUCAUCCCGAUGGCUGGAAACAACCCGUACGCAACCUGUAAAGAAGACGCUGAGGAGCUGCACACUCCUGCAGAAGUUUACACAGCAGCAGAACUAAAGUUGGCAGUUCUUCAGAUCAGAGCCCCAAUUGUUCAGACAAAGUCCAAAAAGUUCCGCCAGCUUCUCGUAUCUUGGAUCAAAGCCAGCGGGUUCUCCAAGACUGUUGUUCUUUCCAGCAGUCACGCCUACCAGAGGGACGACCAGCAGCUAAAAGGCACUCCUCUGAGGUACCUGGUCACGCCGUCCCUGCUGACGGUGAGUGAGGACGCUCUGAAGGAGCUGGGCUGGAGGGAGAUGGAGCGAGUGUCGGCCUUCCCUGGACUGACAGACACCAACACAGAACCAAGACUCUACAUCCCCGGUGGAGGCAUCACCAAAGGACUUUACACAGAGAGCUGUACGGAGGACGUCCCGCUGGCCGUGCUGCUGCUCUUCUGUUCAGAGGGCGACAACAUUCCAGACGCCUUCACCCUCGUCAACCAUCUCAACGACUGGCUCCAUCUGCUGGACAGUAACAGCCAAGAGCCAAACAAAUGGAAAAUCCCGACUUCCUGGAACCUCCUUUUUGGAAGCGGCAUCCCUCCUGCGCUGUUCUGAUACAAAAAGUGUUUCUGCUAUUUUUAGCUUGUGGUCACCUUCGGAAGAAUUCAGCGGAGUUCCAUGACAUGCCAGCGUUUACUCUGCAAACUUCUGCUUUAGAGUAACACACCUGUAAAUCAACACCACAGACAUCUUUGCUCUCUUGACAAUGCAUCAUUUCUGUCUCUUCUGUCUCUGUCUUUGAUAUAAAUAUGUGCAAACAUAAAAGUACAUUUACAGGAAUUGACUCAAACAUGCACUUAAAAUACUAUUUCCUAGUUUUGCAGCAUUUAAAUGUUCCCUUGUGUUUUUCAAUAAAAGAUUGUGAUGAGAAUCUA